AUGUUGUUCUUUAUCAGCCUCUCAGGGCUCUUGUCUCUCGCUAAUGCCCUCGCCAUCAUCACGCGAGCACACUUCGAUGUCAUCGUUAUUGGCGGCGGCCCAGCUGGCCUAUCGGCUCUGAGCGGCCUCGCGAGAGUUCGCAGAAAAGCUCUUCUCAUUGACUCUGGGCAAUACAGAAAUGCCCAAACGACACAUAUGCACGAUGUUAUCGGCUGGGAUGGUGUUCAGCCAGCCUAUUUCCGCUACGAAGCCCGCCGUCUCCUCAAGCACUACAAAACCGUCAAGAUGGUGAACGGGACAGUGACCAACAUAAAACGCCUCCCCGGCACAAACACACACUUCAUGGUCUCCGUUGAAGAUACCGGCUCAUCGCCCAUUGAAGUCUCAGCGCGUAAAAUAGUCCUCGCGACUGGUCUAGAAGAUAUUCUGCCCUCCACGCCUGGGAUCGAGGAAAAUUGGGGUAGGGGGAUCUACUCGUGCCCCUGGUGCGAUGGUCACGAGUACGCCGAUCAGCCCCUCGGUCUUCUAUGCCCACUCGAUAAAGUCGCGAACUACGUUAGAAAAGUCCUGACGCUGGACACCGAUAUCGUGGCUUUCGUUAAUGGCACUGAUACCGAAGAGAUGAGGAAGCUCGCUGAUCAGCAAUUGCCCCAGUGGGAGGAAUAUCUAAAACUUCAUAACGUGACGAUCGAUAACCGGACCAUUACAUCGCUCGAACGACUUAAAAUGGGCGAAGACAAUGAUAAGUCUCCUCAUCUACCCUCAGUGCCUAAAGAUGAUCUCUUCAGUGUGCACUUCACAGAGGGUGAGCCCGUGGAACGAGUUGCCUUUCUGUCGAGAUUCGCUAGUAAACAGAGGUCGGAUAUUGGCCAGAAAGCCGGCGUUUUGUUGACGUUCGGGAAGUUGGGAGUGACUAGCGGGGGCAUGCUAACGAAUGUGCCCGGUAUUUAUGCUGUUGGGGAUGCCAAUUCUGAUGGUGCACCUAAUGUACCGCAUGCUAUGUUUACGGGGAAGAAAGCCGCUGUGGCAAUUCACGUGGCACUUGAGGUCGAGAAACAGGCUGCUGAGCUUGCGGAAAUGGCAAAGUCCCGGAUGUCUGACCGAGUAUAUGACUCAACCACGCAAUAA